CGGUUUUGACUAGCAGAAGUUACUUUUAGUGGCAGGCUAUGAUAAUUCGAUCAAGUUUAGGAAAAUGGGUACGGUUAGAUAAAAUGCAAAAACACACAACAUACUGUAUCUAGUUACAACCAGGUCUGCCCUGAGAACACUCUUGGUUUCCACUAAUGCGAUCACAACAGUUGAUCGAACUGUUGUGAUCACGACUUGUUCUGUCUUGCUCAGGACCAGUCUGACUGCUGGAAAUACAUAUCUCAAGAUAGGGCGGCUACUCGACUUCACAGGAAUUUACCUAAUGUAAUUUAUUCAUACAGGGAUGUCCAAGGAGACCAACACACAGGAGCAGUAACAUGGCUGCUGACGACAAAUCCUCCUCCUCGUCCUCUACGCUGGAUUGGAGUGUGGCGCCUCCUAUUUCCCCUGGCAGCCCAUCUCACCUGACACACUUCAAACCCCUGACUCCAGAGCAGGACGAGCCCCCGCUCCGAUCAGCAUACAGCUCCUUUGUCAACCUGUUCCGCUUUAACAAAGAGGAGGGGCGGCCACCCUCAGUGACAGAGAAACCGGAUGUGGUUGUGGCGUCACCCACUGGGGAGCGUAGGAACUGGACCAUACCAGCACACUCCAUCCACGGCUCUGGGGCGCAUAGGAAACAACACCACGAUCUUUUACGCAGGACUUCUACUGCUUCAGAGGGCCGUAGGAAAUCGGAAACCCCCCUGGGCACUCACGAUCCUCGUACGGCUGUUCAGCUCCGCACUGCUCUGAAGAGACUCAAGGAGAUCAUGGAGGGAAAGAGCCAGGACAGUGACCUGAAGCAGUACUGGAUGCCAGACAGCCAAUGUAAGGAGUGCUACGACUGCAAUGAGAAAUUCACCACCUUCCGCCGCCGCCACCACUGCCGGCUCUGCGGCCAGAUCUUCUGCAGCCGCUGCUGCAACCAGGAAAUCCCUGGCAAGUUCAUGGGCUACACGGGAGACCUGCGGGCCUGCACCUACUGCCGUAAGAUCGCUCUGAGCUACUCCCACUCUGCAGACUCUGGCUCCAUAGGGGAGGACCUGUCUGCUCUGUCUGACUCCUCCCCCUGCUCCACCUGCGUCCUGGAGCCCAGCGAGCCUCGCACCCCGGUCGGUGGACGGAAGGCCAGCCGCAACAUCUUCCUAGAGGAGGACCUGGCCUGGCAGAGAAAAACUCCCAUUGGGAUGAGAAAGAAUUUGAUUCACCAGGAGUCUCAGAACAGUGGCAUGAAUUCUAGACGGAGCACGCUACAAGAGGAUGGAGGCAAGUCCCCAAUAAGGAAGCGGUCAGCCAGUGUGACCAACCUGUCCCUCGACCGGUCUGGCUCCUCCAUGGUGCCCUCCUAUGACAGCUCAGUGAGCCCCCAGACCAGCAGGGCCAUGCCAAAACCUGACCACAGCGAAGAGGAGAGGAAGAUACUGUUGGACUCGUCCCAGCUCAAAGACCUGUGGAAGAAGAUUUGUCACAACACUACUGGUAUGGAGUUCCAGGACCACCGCUACUGGCUCCGUACAUACCCCAACUGCAUUGUGGGGAAGGAGUUGGUCAACUGGCUGUUAAGGAAUGGAACUAUCUCCACCAGGGCACAGGCGAUAGCCAUUGGUCAGGCUCUGGUAGAUGGUCGUUGGUUGGACUGUGUCACUCACCACGACCAGCUGUUCAGAGAUGAGUAUGCUCUCUAUCGCCCACUCCAGAGCACAGACUUCUCUGAGACCCCGUCUCCUGACAGUGACAGUGUCAACUCUCUGGAGGGACACUCAGAACCUUCCUGGUUUAAAGACAUCAAGUUUGACGACAGUGACACAGACCAGGUGGCUGACGAGAAUGACUAUGUCAUGCCCAGUACGCCCAACUCGUCCAGUCCUAGUAAGAGGACGUCAGUCAGCAGUUUCCAGUCAGCGGUGGACAGUGACUCUGCUGCCUCCAUCAAUCUCAAUAUGGAGCAGGACAAUGUCAACUUCCACAUCAAGAAACAGUCCAAGUACCCCCAUGUACCCCCGCACCCUACGGAGCAGAAAGAGUACCUGGUCUCAGAGGACGGAGGACAGAAUAUCUCCAUUAGCGACGCCUUCAUCAAAGAGUCCCUGUUUAACCGUCGUGUGGAGGAGAAGGCUAAAGAGAUGCUGUUCACUCCUCUGGGCUGGCACCACAGCUCCCUGGACCAGCUCAGAGAGGAGAACGGAGAGAAGAAGGCCAUGGAGAGGCUACUCUCUGCCAACCACAGUCACAUGAUGGCGCUGCUGCAGCAGCUGCUGUACAGUGAGUCCCUGUCCCUCUCCUGGCGUGACAUCAUUGUUCCCGUGGUGAGGCAAGUGGUGCAAACGGUGCGGCCGGACGUUCGCAGCUGUGAUGAUGACAUGGACAUCAGACAACUGGUCCACAUCAAGAAGAUUCCUGGAGGGAAGAAGUUUGACUCUGCCGUAGUGAAUGGCUUUGUCUGUACCAAGAACAUUGCCCACAAAAAGAUGAACUCGUACAUCAAGAACCCCAAGAUCCUGCUGCUGAAGUGUUCCAUAGAGUAUCUCUAUCGAGAGGAGACCAAAUUCACCUGCAUUGACCCCAUCGUGCUUCAGGAGCGUGAGUUUCUGAAGAACUAUGUGCAGCGUAUAGUGGACGUGCGUCCCAACCUGGUGCUGGUAGAGAAGACCGUGUCUCGUAUCGCUCAGGACAUGCUGCUGGAGCACGGCAUCACAUUGGUCAUCAACGUCAAACCACAAGUCUUGGACAGGGUGAGUCGUAUGACCCAGGGGGACCUAGUCAUGUCCAUGGACCAGCUGCUCACCAAGCCUCGACUGGGAACCUGCCAAAAGUUCUACCUACACUCUUUCCAGCUGGCCAACAAUGAGUUGAAGACUCUCAUGUUCUUUGAGGGCUGCUCUCCCCAGCUGGGCUGUACCAUAAAGCUUCGUGGGGCGUCUGAGUACGAGCUGGCCAGGGUUAAAGAGAUCAUCGUCCUCAUGGUGUGUGUGGCCUACCACUCCCAGCUAGAGAUAUCCUUUCUCAUGGAUGAGUUCGCCAUGCCUCCCAGCCUGGCCAAGACCAACUCCUUCCCCUGUCUCCUGGAGAGCACUACUGUUGAGGAGGAGGAGAGCCAGGAAAAUGGGACCGACCAGAGCACCCUCUCCCAGGGAGGAGAGACUGUGCUGGGGGAGGAGGAGGAGAAGGCUUCCCUUGGGAAAUCUGUAUCAGAUUCCUCCUCGCCUAAAGAUGUCCAUGGUGUAAAAGUAAACAAAAAACACUUCCUGUCCUCCUCUUCCUCCUUGGGGGCUGAGGGGGUGGAGUCAGCAGAGGUCAUGACAUCCACACCGUUGUCCAAUCGCCAGGUGCUGCCACCUCCAGUGUCCCCACCCUAUCUUAUUGAUGACCUGGAGGAGUUGGCAGAUGAGAUUGGGUCGGGGAAGGGGGAGACUGAGGGGGGGAGCUGGUCGGGGGUUCUGGGGAGGGGUGAGUCGCGGGAGGAGAGCUCGGGUUCGGAGACGCCCCCCAGGCUGUUCAGAGACCCCCUGCAGGAUGACACAGGGCUGUUUGUCACAGAGCAGGUGGCCUCAACGGACGACCGUCUCAAGACGCUUACGGCAGGCUUCAAACAGGAGCUGAAGGACAUCAUCCUUUGUAUCUCCCCCUUUAUCACCUUUAGAGAGCCCUUCCUCCUCACGCCUGCUGGCCUACGCUGCCCCAGCAGAGACUACUUUCCUGAAAAGGUGUACCUCUCCCCGCUGCUCAACAAGGACUUCAAAGAACUAGACUGUCGACGUAAGCGACAACUCCUCAAAGACUCCGCCCCGUCAGGUGGAGGCAUCGCCAACGGAGUCCCUCCCCCCCGCCCCAUCCAGGUGUUACCCUCCCACCACCUUACCAGCGCCCGCAUUGCAGAUCAGCUGGGCAGCAGCCAGGACCUGGCCAAGAUGCUGGCAGACUACCGUGCCCAGGGGGGCCGCCUCCGGCAGGAGGCAGACCCCUUCACCCAGCCCCUACCUCAGCCACCAGUCCGGGAGGCUCCACCGCCCAAGCACCCUGUCAAGGCUGAUAGUGAGGAAGAGAAGCCAGCAGGACAGAACGACAUGACCUGGGCCUCCAAGCUGGACUGCCUGAACCCGGUGAACCACCAGAGACUGUGUGUUCUGUUCAGCAGCUCCUCAGCCCAGUCCAACAACUCCCCCAACCCCUGCGUCAGUCCCUGGAUUGUCACGAUGGAGUUCUACGGAAAGAAUGACCUCACACUAGGAAUAUUCCUAGAGAGAUACUGUUUCAGGCCAUCCUAUCAGUGCCCUAGUAUGUUCUGUGAGACUCCCAUGGUGCACCAUGUGCGGCGGUUUGUCCAUGGCAGUGGCUGUGUUCAGAUCGUACUGAAGGAGCUGGACUCUCCUGUGCCUGGAUACCAACACACCAUCCUUAACUACUCCUGGUGCCGCAUAUGCAAACAGGUGACUCCUGUGGUGCCCCUGUCCAAUGACUCGUGGUCCAUGUCCUUUGCUAAGUACCUGGAGCUGAGGUUCUAUGGUCACCAGUAUACCAGGAGGGCUAAUGCUGAACCCUGUGGCCACUCCAUCCACAAAGACUACCACCAGUACUUCUCCUACAACCAGAUGGUGGCCUCAUUCAGCUACAUCUCAGUGAGACUGCUGGAGAUCUGCCUCCCUCCUCCUAAGAUCUUCAUCAGGAACCAGGGGCCCUCCAAGGGAAGCAUGCAGCAGGACCUCAAGGACUUCUCACAGAAGGUGAAUCAGGUGUACCUGGCCAUAGAGGACCGCCUCACCUCCCUGAAGACGGACACCUUCAGCAAGACACGCGAAGAGAAGAUGGAGGACCUGUUUGCACAGAAAGACGUAGGUUCCCCCUUGAAGGGUGGGAGCUACACUCCAAAUAUGUCUCGUAUGGAGGAGGCAGAGCUGCGUAGCUGGAUAGAAAAGCUGCAGGCUCGUCUCCAGGCUUGUGGUAGUGACUCUCCCCAGCAGCUCCAGACUGUACUGGAAUCAGUGGUAGUGAAGAAACAGAGCCUGUGUGAAACACUGCAGUCCUGGAACAGCAGGCUGCAGGACCUGUUCCAGCAGGAGAAGGGCAGGAAGCGUCUGUCUGUCCCAGCCAGCCCUGGGAGACACAGACAGACAGACGACAGCAAGACCAGUGUUCUGGAGUCUUCUCCACGCAACCCCUCUCCUGUGGUACAAAAUGGUGACAAAGAGGACCGUCACCUCACUACCCUGCCCUCGAGCUCGGGGUCGUCAUUGCUAACGUUACCGUCACCAGGGGAACCAGGCUCAGAACCCCUCUCGUCUGGACCAUCCUUUCCUGACCAGGACUCUGUCAGCAUCCCAGAGGAUGUGUUUGAUGGACACCUGUUGGGCUCCAAUGACAGCCAGGUGAAAGAGAAGUCCACCAUGAAGGCAAUUCUAGCCAACUUGCUGCCAGGCAACAGUUACAACCCCAUCCCAUUCCCAUUUGACCCAGACAAGCAUUACCUGAUGUAUGAGCAUGAGAGAGUGCCCAUAGCCGUGUGUGAGAGAGAACCCAGCUCCAUCAUUGCAUUCGCUCUCAGCUGUAAGGAGUAUAAGACCGCUCUGGAUGAGCUGUCAAAGACAACGGUGAAGGCUGGAGGCGAGGACACCACCCAAACCAUCAGCUCCGGAGAGAGCCGGGCCAAGAACAGCCCAGCCAAGCCCAAUGAGACGGCCUCCUCCCAGAUGGGUCCGUGCCGCAGCAGCAUGGACGCUGACCCUCUCAAAGAUGCAGACAUAGGAGACAAGCACAAGAAGUCAGCCGGAAACCCUCAUAUCGAAUUACAGUUCUCUGAUGCCAAUGCUAAGUUCUACUGCAGGAUCUACUAUGCAGAGGAGUUCCACAAGAUGAGAGAGGAGAUCAUGGACAGUACAGAGGAUGACUUUGUCCGCUCGCUCUCCCACUGUGUCAACUGGCAGGCCCGCGGCGGCAAGUCUGGGGCCGUCUUCUACGCCACCGAAGAUGACCGAUUCAUCCUGAAGCAGAUGCCCAGACUAGAGGUUCAGUCCUUCCUGGAUUUUGCCCCUCACUACUUCACCUACAUCACUGGAGCUGUGCAGCAGAAGCGACCCACUGCCCUGGCUAAGAUCCUGGGUGUGUACCGGAUCGGCUACAAGAACUCCCAGAACAACUCUGAGAAGAAGCUGGAUCUGCUGGUCAUGGAGAACCUGUUCUAUGGCAGGAAGAUGGCCCAGGUGUUCGACCUCAAGGGUUCUCUGAGGAACCGCAACGUUAAGACCGACUCUGGGAAGGAGAGCUGUGAGGUGGUUCUGCUGGAUGAGAACCUACUGAAGCUGGUCCAUGACAACCCUCUGUACAUCAGAGCCCACUGCAAGGCCAUCCUGAGGGCGGCCAUACACAGUGAUGCCUACUUCCUGUCUAGUCACCUGAUCAUAGACUACUCUCUGCUGGUUGGACGAGAUGACACCACAGACCAGCUGGUGGUGGGAAUCAUAGAUUACAUUCGGACAUUCACAUGGGAUAAGAAGCUGGAGAUGGUGGUGAAAUCCACAGGGAUCCUGGGAGGGCAAGGUAAGAUGCCCACAGUGGUGUCUCCGGAGCUGUACCGAUCCCGUUUCUGUGAGGCCAUGGACAAAUACUUCCUCAUGGUGCCUGACCACUGGACAGGUCUAGGGGUCAACUGCUAACUGACACCAGGGAGCUAGCCUGAGUCCCAGAUCUGUUUGUGUCGUGUAGCCAAUUCCUAUGUCAUUGUCACGGCAUGUUUGGCAACACAGCAUAAACGGGUCUGGGACUCCGCUGCUAGCUGCAGAACACAACAUGGACAUCAGUUACCAGGGGGGACAGGAGACCACAAUGCAGAAAAACCCUUUGCCCAAUAAGGAACUAUAAAAGCAUACUGGAUGGAUUGAUGAAGAGUAAUGCAAGGCCAGUAUACAACGACUCAAUCAUUCCAUAAUAAUUAGACUGUAAACGAGUGACUCUUCAGUAUUAUUGGAAGUCAUGACUGUCCAGUAAAAGCUGGGCCCUAAUAAUAGGCCGGAGUUUAUCCUGGCAUGGAAAGAACUUAAUUCCUUAAUCAUGACUAUCUCCCUGAUGGGAUUAAUGAUCUUGACGUGUCAAACUGUUUCACGCGGGCACAGUGAGAUGGCACUGGGGAAAAAAAUCUUACUUGGUGGUCAAAUGAAUCAAUGUGAUGUAAAUGUACAGAGAGUAUGUAAUUAAAGAUUAACACUGAUUUCACAAAUGUUUUAAA